UUUUCCCUGCUCCCCGUUCGUGCCUCUUAUUUGCGGAUUGCGCGGCCAAAUUGAAGCAAUAUGGCGGAUUGACACAAUAAAUUUUAAUGCGGGAUAUAUUAUUUUAACUAUCCAGAUACAAUUACCGUACAGCAGAUCGAAUUACAGUGAAUAAAGGAAUCUGUGUGUAAAUAUUCUGUUGUGUACAAGUGUCACCAGUGAUAACUUAUCUUCGUACAAGUUAAGACUCGGCACCAAACUGAGUGGCGUUUCAAAAUUUGGUAUCGAAUACGAACAUGACCUUAAUUAUUGAACUAUAUUAGCUGACUUGUAACGAUUUCACUACUAAUCGUUGCCUUUAUAUGACGAAACAUGUCUACACCGAACAAAAUGCGAGGCCCAGGACGACCACCCAAGUCAAAGCCGAAUUCUUGCACCUGGUGUGGAGAAACCAAACAACCAUUGAAAUAUGUUCUUCCUACACAACACGGCAAGAAGGAGUUUUGUUCAGAGACAUGUCUAUCUGAAUCUCGUAAAACUUAUGCUCGAGGAGCAUGUACGCAAUGUGAUAGUGUGAUCAAAGGAACACCAGUUAAAUUAGAACUAAAAGAUGGCCCAACAAAGGACUUCUGCUCUUCCUUUUGUUUAAAUGCAUAUCAGAAAAAAGAGGGUCAAGCGGACACGAAAAAAAAUAACAGGGAUCCAUCGUCACCUGUACCAUCUCCUGCUCCAUCUGGAUUACCUAGCAACAAUAAUAUACCAUCAACCACACAAUCUUACACAAAUACAAAUAAUCAUACAACUAUAUCUCGUUCACCAUCAACAUCCACAGGAUCAUUUCACGUUGAAACUUAUCAAACUUUCGACUGGGAUCUUUAUUUAAGAGAAACAAAUAGCACAGCAGCUCCACUUGAUUGCUUUAAACAGCAUGAAGCUCCACCAACAAACGAAUUUAAAAUCAAUAUGAAACUGGAAGCAUUGGAUCCGCGAAACUUAACGUCAACUUGCAUUGCCACUGUUGUAGGUGUUCUUGGACCACGUUUGAGAUUAAGACUAGAUGGUUCAGACAAUAAGAACGAUUUCUGGCGAUUGGUUGACAGUCAUGAGAUACAUCCCAUAGGUCAUUGCGAGAAAUCUGGUGGAAUGCUUCAACCGCCGCUAGGUUUUCGAAUGAAUGCUUCCAGUUGGCCGAUGUUUCUCCUAAAAACGUUAAAUGGUGCCGAAAUGGCACCAGCAAAAGUAUUUAAACGUGAACCAAAGACACCACGUACUAAUAUGUUCGAAGUGGGGCAUAAACUAGAAGCAAUUGAUAAAAAGAAUCCUCAACUUAUAUGUACUGCAACUGUUGGUGCGGUUAAGGAAGAUAUGAUACACAUUACAUUUGACGGUUGGCGUGGUGCUUUUGAUUAUUGGUGCCGUUACGAUUCGCGAGAUAUUUUCCCUGCAGGAUGGUGCUUCAAAAGUGGACACCCGUUGCAACCACCAAGACAGAAAUCAACAGGUCCCAAUAAAUUUAAGUCUCGAGCCGCCAGCAAUGUUUUGUUAGUAAUGGCAGUAUCCGGAAGUAACACCAGCAGAGAACCAGCAGUUGCAUUAGUGAGCCCUGCAGGUUCUAGUGCACCACCGCAACCAGCCACAGAACCCGAUACUAGCACAGCCAAUACCAAACCACAUACACUUGAAAAUGUUACAAUUUAUGUCAAUCACAAUUGUUCUUGCGGGCCAUAUUUUGAUUUUCGAAAAGUGAAAGCCAUGCCGGCGCAAUUUGGUGGUUCUAUAUUAAAUGUCACGAGAGAUAUCUUCCAAGCGUUUUUAAUGGCAGCCAUGAGUCCCAGACAAAUGUUGAGUUUAUUGAAACGCGGCGAAGGUGAAACCAUAAGUUUGAUUCUGGAAAGUAAACCUACCUCUGUUAGAUUACCUGUUUUUCUGGAAGAAGAAGACUUUUAUACAUACAUUAGGCGACAACUCGAGAGUCUCUGUGCGUGUGAAUAUAUGUUAGUCAAGAGGAAAGAAGCUUGUAGCAAGUGUCCCAGUAUACAACAAUCACAAUCUGCUAAUAGUGAAGAAACAAAUAACACUAUAGGAGAAAAAAGAAGGUGGUCAUCGCAAAGCCAACAGAACUUAACAUCUACUACAUCGCAACAAAAUCAUCAAACUACUGUACAAAGUACAAAUAAUUCUACAGUGUCAUCUCCUACACAGCCUCCUGUAAAACAGCCUCGUAAGUCCGUUCCUGAACUUGAAGCAGCAACGUCUACUACUCAAUCUGAAACUACUGCGCAUCGUAUUCCUUCCACUGAACCAGGAGAAUGGACUAUUGAAGAUGUAAUACAUUAUAUUGCUGUCACAGAUCCAGCAUUAGGACAACACGCAGAUUUAUUUAGAAAACAUGAAAUUGAUGGCAAAGCCUUGCUUCUUCUCAAUAGUGACAUGAUGAUGAAGUAUAUGGGGCUGAAACUUGGUCCAGCACUAAAAAUUUGUAAUUUGGUAAACCGCAUUAAAGGCAGGAGACAUAUGCUUAUGUGAUUUUUUUAAAUAUGAAUACUUUAAAUAUGAAUACUUGUAUAGUAUGAUUUCAACUCGCGCAUUUUAAAGGGUUAAUCAGACUAUGUUUUGACGAUAAAAAAUACUAAUGUAAGGUUGUUACAAUGUGAAUAUACAUUUGAUAAUUGAUUGAAUUAUUCUCAGAAUUUUACAAGCAUAGAUUGAUUUUAAAUGUUAUAAAAGAUAAAAAUCAAAUAAACUCAGAAAAUAUUGUUUUUUAUUAUUUUAAAAAAGGUAUAAAUUUGCAUUGAUUAGUUGUAAUACGCAUAUUUUUGUUAAUAAAUUUAUCAUUACUUUAUGAGUAUUAGAUUAGCCUAAAUAAUUAAAAAAAGAUAGCUUUCUAAUUUAGAAAUUAAUAUUAGUAAAAAGGCCUAGUGCUAUUAAGCGUGAUUGUUCACGUGAUAUAAUAUAUUGUAAAGUUUCAAAAAAUAAAAAUAUACAUUAUAUUAUAAGUAUAAACAAUUGCGUUUUAUAGGCCUUAUAUAUUAAUUUCUAGAUUAGCCCAAUCUGAUUCCACAUAUGUAGACAAGCAGUGAUAAGCACAUUAAAUCUAGUAUAGUUCUUAUAUAUGCUCACAAAGAAUAGUAAUAUUUCCUACACUAGUAAAUAUAACUAUAUUGUAUUUUAUUUCACAGUUUUAAAAUCAUAAAAUACAUAUAUUGUAAACAAGAUAUUUGUCUUGUGUACUUUCAAAUAAUGCUCAUAUAUUAUAAAUUAACAUAAUUUUUUAAAUGUUUUCCUCUAUUUUUAUUAAUAUAUGACAUAUAUAUUGCAAAUAUUCUUAGCUUGCUGUUAUGUAUCUUCAAUACAUCCUAUUGCGACAACCCAACAUAAUUCAUAUAUUACUUCAAAAGUUUAGAAGAUCAAUACAUUUUUUUGUAAAAUACACAUAGGUUAUAUAUAAAACCUAUUAUUUCAUUAUACUGUGUAAAUGUGAUUUAUAGGCAAUAACAGUAUAUUUAUACUUUAUACUUAUAGAAAAAAUAAGAUAAUAUGCUUUUGUAUUGUAAUCAAUUUUUUUAUGUAAGAAACUGUAAACAUUUUAGAGCAUUUAAAAAUUAGAAAAUUAGUUUAAUGUGUAUGAUUCUUAUCACUGCACUACUACUGUGAUAUUCUGGAUAAUUUGUACCACAAACUCAAAUGUUUUAGAGUGUGUUGCUGUUUAUACAAAAUAUUAAGUUACAAUUUCUUUAUUUUGUUAGUUUGAGAAUUUUUUUUGUUUGGUAUUAUAAGAUCUAAAACAUCAUAUUAUUUUACUUAUUUAUUACUUAUAUGAAAUUGUGAAUAUGCAAAAUGGAAAUUAAG